AUGGGUAUCCCUUCCGACUCUUGGCCUGCGCGAAAGCAGGUGCAUCUUGAUGUCGACGAAGUGCUACCACAUUCUUCGAUCAACCCUGAGGCCCAAGUCACGGUAGUUCUCAUUCACGGAGCAUGUGUCGACCGCAAUGACUGGGACAUGGUUAUUCCUUAUCUUCACGACUAUCAUCUUCUUGUUCCAGAUCAAAUUUGUCAUGGCGAAGCACGACACAUCCAGCCAUACACCACGGCCUACGCCGCGGAGACGAUCGCUCAAUUGAUCAAACAGCAAGCUCACCAUGGCAUGGCUCAUGUCGUUGGACACAGUCUAGGUGCAAGUGUGGCUUUGCGACUUGCAGCAGAACAUCCGGAAGUCGUGACCUCGAUGGUAGUGUCCGGUGUGGGAAGGUUGCCGAGAAAUCGCUUAACGCCAUAUCUCCCAUACGCAGUAUGGCUCAAUGAACGUGUCGAGCGAGCCAUGCCAAAACCUAUCACGCGCUGGCUGAUGGAUGGCACGGAUGUUCAGUUUGGCGAUGUGUCCGUGUGUACAUUGGACUUCAACAAAGAAGUCUUCUGCGGCAGCUUGAGCGAACAGGAUUGGCCUCAAUUCGAAGCUCGAACACUCAUCAUUGCAGCGACUAAGAAGGGCAUUGUGCCAACGGACGACAAUAUCCAGGUCGCACGCAAGGUCGCAGAAGUUGGUCAGAAGCAAAAUGGCAAGACUUUUGCUGUUCAACACAAAGCCAUGCGACAUCCGUGGAACAGGCAGGAUCCGAGGUUGUUCGCAGAGGUUAUCAAGGCCUGGGUUGCGCAGAAAGAAGUGUUGCCGUUUGGCUUCGAGCGUUUGUGA